UCCUCCUUGAAGAGUGAAGCGGGUGCAUGUCUAUGCCAAGCUUUGCCUUGUCAUUAUCCAGAAAGAAACGCGUGGUCAGCGGCACUACCGACAGCUCCACUGCAACCUAACUGGUACAUGGUGGUGUGUAAAGUCAGACUUUUAGCCAGACAUGGACGCUGAAAAGAGUGGCGAGGUUUUAGAUGUGUCAGAAACUCCACAGCAAGAGGAGACUGAUAUGGAAGAAGAGUUUGUGUCCAAAUUGGAGACACCAGAGGAAUUCACAGAGCCUGAGAAGCUACCAGCUGCUGAUGAAGAGACCGAGCAGCUGGCACUAAAUGGCCAUGAUACAAAAGUCAUGAACAUGAAAGAAACAGAAGAGUUGAUUGUGACAGAAAAUGUUAUGCUGUCUGAGGAAAAACCAGAAAUGAAGAUUGAGGACAGCUUGCCCAAAGAAAUAUCUGAAAUGGAGGCAGUGCCUGCGGUGGCACCACCAGAACCAGAUGAGUCAUCUAAAAAGAUCUCUGACCCAGUUGCAGCUUUAGACACAGAACCAGAAAACGCCCAGCCUAAACAGCAGCCUGCGCCAAAGAAUGACCCAGAACCUUUGCCUGUGCAAACACCUCUGUCCGAGAGUGCCCCUAAACCAAAGCCAGAGAAGUUGGCAGAAUCAGUUCCACAAGCUGAACUAGAAGAGCAAACAAUACUUAAACCAACUGCGCUGCAGCAGGCAGUAGAUACACAACCACCCAGCCAAGAGGAAAAAGUGUCACAACAAGUGAAAAUGGAGACAGAAUUGCAGACCGCAAUGGAUACAGAAGAAGUUGCCAAAAAUGUGGCAGAAAAAGAUGUUGCAGCUGAGCCUAUUCGGGAGGUGGAAGAAGAAAAACCAGCAGAUGCAGUAAAAGCGACUGUGUUGGUGGCAGACGUUUCCUCAGAAAAGCCAACAGAAGCUGUGACUACAACGGAGGAGGCAUCAGCUGAAAUUGAAAGUGUGAAACCUGCAGACGACGAGAAGGAAGUUGAAACAGAAAAAUCUGUUGACUCUGAUACUCUGAAGGGAGCUGAAGCAGCAGCAGCACCAGAAAGUGUCAAAUCUGAGAAGAAUGAUGCGGAGCUUCCAAAAGAAGAGGAAACAGUCCCUGCAUCUGGCUCCCUGUCCUUUGCUCUCCUGGAAAAAAAUCAGACCAUAGGUGCCCUGCGAACCUCUCGUACCCUUGUCGUUCUCAGGGGCCUUCCAGGAAGUGGUAAAAGCUUCUUGGCACGUGCCAUAGCUGAUGCCUACAAAGACCACUGCUCUGUCGUCUGUGCUGAUGAGCAUGGGGUAAAGCCAGAGAAUCCAGAAUCAUCGGUGGAAGGAUACAAGGCUGUGGAUGAGGCUGUGGUGGCCUGCUGCAGUGCAGGAACCGCUUCCUCUUUGCUGGUGGUGGUGGAUGACAGCAACCACACCCAGGAUCGACUGGCCCGCCUGGGGGAGAUUGCCGAGCAACACAACCUUGUUGCGGUCUUUUUGGAGCCACGUACUGAAUGGAGCAGAGAUCCAGCGCAGCUGACCCAGAAGACCAGGCGUGGACUGGGGGAAGCCCAGCUGGAAGCCAUGAGAGGUCAACUUGAGGAAAUGUCCCUUCCUCUUUACUUUGGCUGGUUUCUUCUUUCCUCCAUCCAGGACAAGGUUAGGUGCACAGCAAUGGACUUCCUUAAAACGCUGGACACCUUGGAGGCCUUCAAGAAACACUUGAUUGACUUCACUGGGAAAGCUGAGAAGGAGGUGGAUUUGGAGCAGUACUUUGAAGCCAAAGGAACCCUCCAUUGCACAACAAAAUUCUGUGACUAUGGAAAAGCAGAGGGUGCCAAAGAUUAUGCAGAGAAACCAGCUGUUAAAGAUUUCUAUGGUUCUGCAUUCGAGCUGUCGCUGAGUGCUCUCUUUGUGACUCCUCGCACUGUUGGUGCCAGAGUGUCCCUCACAGAGGAGCAGCUUUUGCUGUGGCCAGCUGAUGCCGAAAAGGAGGCAGGGUCCGCCUCCCUGCCUCUGGGAAGCCGCGCCCAUGUUACUCUAGGAUGUGCCGAGGGUGUUGAGCCAGUUCAAACAGGUCUGGAUCUGCUCGAAAUCCUGGCACUGCAGCAGGAAGGCCAUCAGGGGGAGCUCAUCGAGGAGAUGGAGCUCGGCUCGCUGACCUAUUACGGAGAAGGAAGGUGGCUGCUCAGUCUCAGAGAGCCUAUCUGCUCCUCAGCCUGCUUCUCCAGCUUCUAUGGGCGCAAGGAGCUCGAUCCGGCCAAAAAAGAACCCGAGAAGAAAAAGAAGCCAAAGUGCACCAUAUUGUAAAUGGCAAACAUGGGGAUGUAUGGCCGGGAUGACUGGUGAAUUAAAACUUAGGCUUAACUCUGUGCAAGGUUUGUGUGUUUGUGCAGUGUUUAGGGUUUCACUUAUAGCCACCCUAAAUCCACAAGCUGUGUGCCUUUUUUUACUGUUGAUUUGCACCACAACCCAAGAUGCCUUCAAUCCAGUUAGGCUUGUAGUCAAUGAUGUUCUAUCUUGUUUCACAUAUCGGUGCCAGUGUUGCAGAACCUGGCUAUUUGCUGAGGUGUUAGCUGCAGCUUUAGACUAUGGUAGUAUAGCCUCCUCCCACAGCCCAACAGUAAUCUAAAACUUAGAUUUCCUCUUCUAUACAUGUCCGUGUCUCUCAGUAUUUAGAUGUGAAAAAAAUAGGUACUUAUCAUUGCAUGCAUCCCAGGUUAACGAUAUCAGCAUAGUAACACAUUUCUGCCCUGCUUAAAGUACCUCUGUCUCCGUAGAACAAAAUGUGUCUGGUGUUUUUCUUUUGUCUUAGUCGUAAGUGAAAAAGAUUAGCUGUCAUUUCAGUGUGCGAUGCCUAGGAAGUAAUUGUUACAAUAGCAUAUGGGCCAAAGUUAUCUAUUUGAUUAAGUGUAUUAGAAUCAUUGUCAUUUAUAGAGGUCCUUCCUUGUAAAAUCUUUGCACUGUGCGUAGUUUGAAAGGGAGAAUGCUGAUGAAUUUGGUAUUUUGUUUCAGCAGCUUGCACUUAGUACUUAUCUAAUGCUGUGAAUCCAAGUUCAUGUUUUGCAAUCUUUUCUACUGCGCAAGACUGCACCCUUGAUCCCUUUUAUUCUCUUGAACAGCACUUCAUGUAUUGCAACUAUUGUGACUGUAAUUUUUGAAGGACAAUUCCUACUUUGUGUAGCUCUUAUGAAUCACUAUUUUUGCACUUGUUUUGUACACUUAAUAAAAAAGAACAUGCUUUGCUCCAGUAA